AUGGCCCGCAGCGCGCGGCUCACACCUGUUAGGCGCUGCUGCCCUCCGCGGCUCCGCGCAGCCCGAGCCCUCCGCACGGCCGGCGGGCUGCAGAGCGCGGGGCGCUGGCCCACGAGCCCGGCCGUCUUCCCCGGCUGCCCCCGGCUAGCGCGCUGCCCCGAGCCGCCGUCCGCCGCUGAAGCGCCGGGCGCGGGCACCGCGCUGCCCGCCUGGAUGCGCCUGUACUUCUACGGGAUGCACGGGAUCACCCUGGACGUGCUGGUGUCCUCGGCGCGGCUCUUCGCGCGCAGCCCAGACCUGCGGAUGCUCGGCUUCUCCUCGCCCUACCGCUGCCUCUUGCACUCGCUCACGCACUUCGCCCUGGAGAAGCUCUACCUGCAGCGGCCGCGCUGCCCCAGCGCCUUCGUCUUCAACUUCCUCCUCUACCCCUCGGCCCACGUGGGGCUGCAGACCCUGGCUGGGCAGGCGCUGCUGGUGAGCGUGGGCGGCGGGCCGGGGGGCGCGGCGGCCCCGGGGGCUCUGGACCUGGCGUUGCAGUACGUGGUGGCGCUUUACCACGGCCAAGUGUUCCUGAAGCGCUUCCUGCGCCUGCGGUACCACGGGCAGCGGCGGCUGCAGCCACUGCACUGGGGCGCGCUGCCCGCCGCUCCUCCUGGGGCCGGGGUCCCCGCGACAGCUGGAGGCCGGCGGCGACGACCCUGGGGUCCCAGGGGUGCCGGAGGAGUCCCUAGCCAGGGACUCCCCGACCUGCUACGCUUUCUUUUCUUCGGAAUGCACGGCUUUCUGGAUGAAAUCUUCUUUACCUUCUUUUUUAAUGUGCUGGGCCAGGGGGACGGGACAUCCAGCGGUCACACGUCGCUUUGGUCCUUCUUAAUGUAUGGCAGCUGCAGUUUUGUGGUGGAAAAGCUGUACUUCCACCUCCACUACAGCCGCGGCUGGGGCACCUGGAAACGGGUGCCCAUCUACGUGCUCUUCAUCUAUGCUUGGGAGCUCUCCUGGGGCCUGGGACUUCGCACGUGCGGCGCUUGUUCCUGGGAUUAUUCUCACUAUCCGCUCAAUUUCAUGGGCCUCAUCACACUGUUGUACUUACCUGGGUGGAUAUUCCUCAGCGUGUACCAGGACCUACUUUCCAACGUGUUGUGGCGGGUGCAGUAUGUACCAGCUAACUAA